GGAUCCCCUGGACUGGCCUGGGAAACGUGAGAAUAAUAAAGAGGAAGAGAAAAGUCUGUAUUUGAUAUUUAAACAGACGUUUAGUGAGCCGAAUAGCUACAGUCAUGUCCCAGUCUGGAGAGAAAGGCAAGUUUCCUGAAGCUGCAGGGUACGUGGGCUUUGCCAACCUCCCCAACCAGGUCCAUAGAAAGUCGGUGAAGAAAGGUUUUGAGUUUACACUGAUGGUUGUAGGAGAGUCAGGACUGGGCAAAUCUACCCUCAUUAACAGCCUGUUCCUCACUGACCUCUACCCAGAACGCUACAUACCUGGAGCAGCAGAGAAGAUUGAGCGUACGGUGCAGAUCGAGGCCUCAACGGUGGAAAUCGAGGAGAGGGGAGUCAAACUCCGCCUCACUGUGGUGGACACUCCUGGAUAUGGGGACGCCAUCAACAGUCAAGACUGUUUUAAGACUAUCAUCCAGUACAUUGACAAUCAGUUUGAGCGCUACCUGCAUGAUGAGAGCGGCCUGAACCGCAGACACAUUGUGGAUAACAGAGUGCACUGCUGCUUCUACUUCAUAUCUCCGUUUGGACACGGACUAAAGCCGCUGGAUGUCGAGUUCAUGAAAGCCAUCCACAGCAAAGUGAAUAUCGUCCCAGUCAUAGCUAAAGCCGAUACUCUGACGCUCAGGGAGAGAGACCGUCUUAAACGGAGGAUCCUGGAUGAGAUCAGUGAGCAUGGUAUUCGCAUCUACCAGCUUCCUGAUGCAGACUCUGACGAGGAUGAGGAGUUCAAAGAGCAGACUCGUGUCCUAAAGGCCAGCAUUCCCUUUGCGGUGAUCGGCUCUAACCAGCUGAUCGAGGUGAAAGGUAAGAAGAUCCGAGGGCGACUGUACCCCUGGGGUGUGGUAGAAGUGGAGAACCCUGAACACAAUGACUUCCUCAAACUGCGCACCAUGCUAGUAACCCACAUGCAGGACCUGCAGGAGGUGACCCAGGACCUGCACUAUGAGAACUUCCGCUCAGAAAGACUGAAAAGAGCUGGCAGAUCAGUGGAGGAUGAUGUGGUGGACAAAGAUCAGAUCUUGUUGGAGAAGGAGGCUGAGCUGAGACGCAUGCAGCAGAUGAUUGCUCAAAUGCAGGCUCAAAUGAAGAUGAAACCCGGAGACGACUAAAAACGAGGAACGAGAGUGUGUGUGUGUGCAUGCCUGUAUGUGUGUGUAUGUAUGUAUGGUAAAUCUUUCACUAUUUUCUAUCAUGUGCUUUUAAAAAAAACCUCUCUUUUUUCUUUUUCACAAGCUGUAUUUUGUCGUCUAUAAAUUUGACCAUCCCAUACUUGUUCAAAAUCUACCUGUUCAAAAUCUACCUGACUUAAUCUGGCUAACAGAAACCAAAUGUAUUCUUAUUAAACAUUAAUAUCCACAUGUUUUUGUUUCUAUUUUGCAUGUAUGUGUUUUGUUAGAAUGAAUUUGGCGUGGCUGAACGAUGACGUGUGCUAGUGUUACGUUAAAGGAUCAGAAGUUUCCCUUGUGGCCGAACUGCCUUUCCCACUGAUAUCCCACAUACUUCAUCAUAUCUGUGCGUGUUUGAUGGUUAGUGGGUACCGUAAAACGUUGGUAGUACUUGACUAUCUUUUAUUUAAAUUAUACUUUAGUGUUUCUUACUCCGGGCUCUUCACACAUUUUAGUUAUUUUCCUGCUCCAGACACUUGAUUGUGUGAUGGAGGAACAAAAAAAAGACUAAAAUGUGCCAGAAUUAAGAUGUUGACAAUAAUUUGGACCUACGAUAGAGCGUGGUGUUGUGUAACACAUGAUCAGAGUAAUAGCUGUAAUGUGUUUUGAUGUGCCUUAUAUGUUUAUGUGCCUUUUGGUGAAAUAUUGUUGUGGCUACUUUGUUGUAUAGCAUUAAACGAGGCUGUAGAUGUAAUAGCAGUAAUAAUCACCGACAAUUCAAACGCUUAAACAAUGCAGUCCAAGCAAUCUGCUGUUGUCAUGUAGUAGAUGUAUCCUAACAGCUUGUAUAAUACAGUGAUAUACAGUGACAGCCACUAGAUGGAGGUGCCAUUUUCAUAUGCAAAGUCAAUGCAUUUAUAUACUUAAAUAUGAUCUUUACGAUUUAAAUAUCAAUAUUGGUGUGUUUGGGUGAAUUUGUUAAAGAAUAACACAUUUUUUACACUUUAGAUGAACUAUUACUUGAGGUGAUUAGAUGACAGUUCUGGUUAUUAAUAUUUGUAUCACCUGGGCUGUAACGGUGUCUAAGCAAGUCUAAUGUGUCUCAUAUGUGUAAGUAAACUAUUAAUGCAUAGUAACACCAGACCUGAUUGGUACAGUGGUGCAGCAGGUAGUGUUCCAGCUACAGGGUCCUAGCGUGCAUCUUAAGCUAAGCUAGGCUACUCCAAAGUGUAAAAGCUGUCAUGUGUAGUAUAUAUUCCCAUCUUGCACCCAAUGUUUCUAGAGUGGGAUCUGUGUUUACUUUCUCCCUGAUCUAAUUAUAUAGCAACAGAAAAGCAAUUAAUAAUACAAUUCAUUUUAAUACGCAUUUGUCCAUUAGUACAGAAGUGCAGGUUCUGCACAUUCUCCACGUUCUCAAACGUCAGAGAUACAAGCUGCUUACGAAUUACAAGUGGACCACUGCUCUAAAGUCUUUUAAACACAAUAGCUGUAUUGUUACGUUCUCACCUAUUCCUGACGUCUCUCUCCAUGCUUUAACUUUCAAACACAGAAACACGUUUUUAAUUUUGUUUUCUUUAAUUUCUGUUUUUGUCCUUUGUUUUGCAUGAGAAUUCUGUUAUUUCACUGUAAUCGAUAUCCACUACAGUAAACGUGGCUAGUUUACCUCUUGCUAGCUUUUGUUUGUUAGUUUAUUUACAUUAAGGUGGAACAGGAAUAGCACCCUGCCUAUGCAGCUGUUUCCUUUAGUACCGUACAAAACCCUUCAUCCCCAUCACUGUCAGCAGGAGCAACAUGUAAACACACUGAUCAUGUUUUGUGAACGUUAGGACCCGGCCCUAAUUAUUUUUUGACUUGCUGACCUCCUGUUUACAGAUUAAUGCUUGUUUAAUUGUGUGCAUGUUUAUGGUACAGUAAUUCACUACCUUGUUUUACAUUACACCGUUUUUUUACUCACUUUGUGAAAUAAACGUUUGGUCUCUGAAA